ACUCACCUCACCGGUGCCCAAUUAAUAUUUACACCAAGGUAAAGCAGAUUAAUUUGUUGAGCAAGCUUGAAGCAGUUCAGUUAAUUUUGCAGGAUUAUUGCCGGAUAUUUCAAUUGUCACCGCAACGGUUGAGAUUGGAAUAUGGUGCUUUAUGCCCAAGAAAAUAAAGUUUCCGUGGAACCAUUGCAAGACGAUAACAAACCAAAACUUGAAAUUGAACCCUCAGAAGUAACUAAGAUCCUUACAAAAUGUUGUGAAUUUGACAAUGAAAUUAAAUUGCUUAGUGAAGCAUAUCACUUGGUAUAUGGAGGUCCAAUGAAUUUGUUGAAUGAUUCCUCUAAUUUAACAGAAAUUAAGACUCCUAUGAACAAUACCGUGCUACAUAUUGCAUCUUUGUAUGGGAAUGAUGAAAUUGUGACACUUAUAAUUGAACAUGCUCCAAAACUUUUGUUCAAAUUUAACAAAAACAAUGAUAGUGUCUUACAUGUUGCUGCAAGAGGUGGACACAUCUCAACCGUUAAAAUACUAUUAGCAAGUUAUGCUAAUUUUAAAAAGACGGAUAGAGCCAAAGCAUGGUUAGAUUACACUGGAUAUGAGGAAGAAUUAGAAGACUAUGAUGCCAUGUCAAAUAUGGAGGACAUAUUAUAUUUUGUGACAAGGGAGAAUUUUCAAGGAAACACUAUGUUACAUGAGGCAAUGUUAUGUGGUAACAAGAAAAACAUUGAUAGGGAUAAUAAUAUUUUCAAAAUUUGUGAAAUUUACAAUUCAAAUGAUCGGUUUGGGAGAUCAUUGUCAAAGUGUUGUUAUGAAUAUGCAUUAGAUAUUGUUAACCUUGAAAAGAAAUCAGUGCUUUACAUAGCUGUUGAGAAGGGAGACAUGGAUGCAGUCAAACUAAUCUUGGAGAAAUCUCCUAAGAAUGACACUAAGCCGGAAGGAUUAUCGCCGGUUGUCGCAGCAAUCAUGAUGGCUAAAAAAGAAAUGCUAAGCAUGAUACUAGAAAACAAGCGAACUUGGAUCCAUUCAAGUGACAAAGAUGAAAGGCUUCCACUUCAUUACGCAGCAUCAAUAGGUUAUGUUGAAGGUGUUGAUUUAUUACUUCACAAAUGCAAAUGUUGCACAAUUCAAAGAGACAAAUAUGGAUAUUUCCCAAUUCAUUUAGCAUCUUAUGGUGGCUAUUUAGAAGUAGUAAAGAAGUUUUUAGAAUAUUGUCCAGAUCCAACAGAGAUGCUCGACAAUUUUUAUGGACAGAAUAUUCUCCACGUUGCAUCAAACUAUGGAAAACAUAAGGUGGUAAAAUACAUACUAAAAAGUAGUCAAACUCAUGAAUAUCAUAAGAUGAUAAAUCAACAGGAUAAAAAUGGAGAUACCCCUUUGCAUCUUGCUGCAAGAUCAUGUCAUCCCACAGUUGUGUACUACUUAGUUAACCACAAAAGAGUGAGUCUUGAUUUGGUUAACAAAAACAAGGAAACAGCUCUUGACAUUGUUAAUUUAUUUGAUAGAUCAUCUUUGAGACAGCAUCUUACAUGGACUGCACUUACAUCUGCUGGUGUAAAACCAAGUUCUACAAGAUUAGCUCACUAUAUUGAAUCCAAACAAAGUGAUUCAAAUUCACCCAAAGAAACAGAACAAGAUAAAGACAAAAAUCAAAACCAUGUUGAAGAAUCCUCCCAACAAAAUGAAACAGAACAGACCGUUGAUGUAAACAUAUCAUCAUCGUCAAAGAAGAGAAACAAGGACAAAUAUCAACCUCCUCCGGUAGAUAAAUUCUCAUAUAUAUUUACAUAUAAAGAAAACGUCCCUGACUACAUUCAACCAAAAAAUCUCUUUACAGCAAAAGGCUCAACCGCAUAUAAAGAUAGAGUAGAGACAAUAUUAUUGGUUUCAACACUUAUAGUAACAGCAUCAGUAGCAGCAUGUUUUGCUGUUCCAGGUGAAGCAGCAGAUGGAAAAGCAAACAACUUAUGUCAUAUAAUGUUUCAACUUUUCAUUAUCUUCAUAACAAUAUCAUUGUUCAGUGCCAUUAGUUCAACUAUCAUACUCUUUUGGGCAACAAUUGGAUUAGCGGAAUUGGUAACUAACUCUCUCAACAUUGUUAUGCCACUUCUUGGAAUAGCUCUCAUUUCAUUAUCUCUGGCUUUCAUGGCUGGUCUUUACACUGUUAUCAGUGAACUUACUUGGUUGGCCAAUGUGUUUCUUUUCAUGACUGUGACUUUUGUUGUGGUUGUUAUUUUUUUGUAUAUGCUACUUUUUGUUCCAUCAUCAUCAACCAACAUGCCCUUCAGGUACAUUUCUCACUACCCUUAUCUCUUUUUAGCAUCACUUGCUGAACAUCAAAUUGAUGAUGAUCAAGAAGGUCAAUCGCAACAGAAAUGAUAUUUUGGCAACCAUUCGGGACAACCUUUUUAUGUAAAAGUCAUUUUAAUUUUUUUAAUAAUUGUUUAUUUGCCUUGAUUUUUGUGUGAUUGUGUCAAUACCCACAUUGCGUAUUUUUAGUUGUCCCAAAAGUUGUCAAAAAUAGUUGUUGAAAUAACACAACUCUAUUUGUAUUAAUGAAUAAUAUUGUGUAUUUUCAUUGUCACCCUUUCUUUUUUUUUUGGUGACAUAUUUGUGUGAUUAUUAUGGAAAGUAAUAUUAUUUGUUCAUUUAUGUAUUUCCCUUCCCCAUAUUAUGAUGUAAUUUGGGCAUAAAUGUAUUACUAAGUGAAUAAAUCAGAAUUUUUCGACCUACUCUUUUAAAUUUGGUUUUAGGCGUGGCUAACCUUGAAUAAAACUUUGUCACUUCUCUAAAUGUGGCUAACUUCUUUUUUAAAAAAAAAAAAAGCUGCAUUUGCUUCACUACUCUGUUAGAAUACAAUAAUAGUCUGCUAUAUUGAUAUCAUCAUAUAUAACAAGAAAAGCCAAUACAUGUAUAUAAAAGAUCAACAUUAAUACAAAACAAACACAUUACCAAAAUAUUUCAUAAGUAGCUACCUCAUUGAUUUAAAGACCAGAAUCAAUAUUAAUCACUGGUUUCUAAGAACU